AAAAGAUGAAUCAUGCUCAAUCAAGAUGUCUCAUGUUCAUAAAAAAUACUUUCAAAAUGAAAGCUGUCCCAACAUUCAGGAUGUUAACUUAACAACUGAUCUAAACUUUAUUUGGUCACCCUUGCAACAUUUGAAUUACAUCUCUAAACACCCACAAAGCACAUAGAAAAUGAUUGAUUUGAAUACACAACCUUUGCCUGCAGUGUCUGUCUAAUAAUUUGUUUCUGCAGUUCUUCAUUUAUCAAGUUCAACAGUCAGUUUGUCAUUGUCACAGCGUGUUGCUCAUGCAAAUUAAACCUAUUUGAAUUCAACUCAUCCAGACAGAGGUGGAGUGUUGCUGUAAUAUACAGUCAGUACAGUAGAUGUGGAUCAGAUAAUCCAGUGAGGAGAGACACAGAGGGAGGAAGAUCAGGAACAAUCACUCACAAGACAUGUUGAUGAAAUCCUCCUCAUGCUCCAGUGGCUCCUUUCUUCAUUCAAACAUUUCCUUGAUCAUCUACAAUGUCCCUUUGGACAUGCAUUGUUACAUCUCCAGACCAAGUUCCUUCAUCUUAACCUCAUACAUGAUCACCAGCAUCCUCCUCCUCCUCCCUCUCUGCAUCUUCAUCAUCUAUCAUGGUCUCCAACAAUGGAGACUAAAUCACUCCACCUCCUCAGCAGCAACCAUGAGUCACUCUGACAGCUUCACCUACAACAUGGUCACCAUGGAGAUGAUUGGAGUCUUUGGAUCUGUCCUUAUGAUCUGUGGGAUCUACAGUUGUCAUUUCAACGUCAUCAUUGUGGGGUUCUUUCUUUCUUUUCUUGUCUGGUAUGGAGAGAUGUUCUUCCACGUCCUGACCUGUGUGGAGCGCUACCUGGCUGUGGUUCAUCCCAUCACCUACCUGAGCCUGAGAACAGAGAGAGGGAUCAGAAUCAGGAACAUCAGCAUCAGCUGUGUCUGGAUGCUCUGCUUUGUAAUGAUGGUUCUGGUGAUGAUAGAAAAUGCAACGAUGGUGGCUGAUUCCUGCCUCUCAAUAUUGUCUUUUACAGUCGUCUGCUUCUGCAGCGUUUCUGUUCUCCGUGUUCUGAUUGGUCCAGGUCCAGGGGAACAGGGUGGGGGCAGGAAGAGGGUUGACCAAUCAAAGCAGAGGGCGUUCUACACCAUUCUGGUCAUACUGGGAAUGCUGGUGUUGAGGUUCACUUGGAAUCUGGUUGCGACUGUUCACUACUUGAUGGAAAAAGGUCUUGAGUGUGUGAUGAUGUCAGUUGGUGUCUGGUUGAAUCUUCCCAGUGCUCUGGUGUUGCCUCUGCUGUUUCUGCACAGAGCAGGAAAACUAGUGUGUUGGAAGAACAACAUCUAGUGAGGAUAAAAGCUAUAUUAGGAACAAAAACAGAUGAAUAAAUCACAUCACAUACAAGAAAAUGGCUUUAUAGUUUCAUAAUUGUGGUGAUUCUGAUAGUUUUCCCAGUUUAUAUAAAAUCUUGUGUUUCAGUUCCAUCCUGCUGACUCAUCUUGUUGUUUUCUCUUUACUAUUAGCUUCUUUUUUCUGCUUCACUGAAUAAUACUGAUUUAACAACUAUGAAAUGUGGUUUACAUGGAUUUAUGUAACUUUGUAAUUGUUUUCACCGUUUUGUGUGCAUCAAUUUCAGUGUCUCCUAAAUUAUAUAUACCAGCAAUUGUUAUUGUAACGUAUCACCAAACUGCAUUAAAGACAUAUUAAACCACUAUUUUGUUUCAUGCGUGAAUUUCUGGAAUGUCAGCAAC